AAGCACUUGACGGCGUGCGGUGUCCGUAGCUGAUAGCGCUUAGAGCGCCGUGUGGGGCCAACUUAGCAGAGUGUAGAGUACUCAUUUAGCUCAAGACAGUGGUCAAGGCGAACAAAGGGUGAAGGCAGUGCAUGGGCGUUGGACACUACUGAAGGACAGGCUGUGCUGUGGGUAGCAGAGAGAAGCCGCAGGGAUGCCGCCCCGCGCGCUGGGCCUCGUCGUGGCCCUGCUGCACGCAGGCAGCGCCCUGCGGCCCGGCGGCGCGGGCCCGUGGCGGCUCGGGAGGACUGUGGCACGCGCGGCAGUCGACGAGGACGAGGCGUUCGAGAUGGCAGCGCGAGCCGCCGCGCGCGCGGCGCGGCCGCUCUCCGCUGACGACGACGACGACGAUUGGGAGUUGGAGCCACCCGCGCACGCACCAUCGCAUGAGGCGCCGAAUAGCGAAUGGCGCGACGUCCGCGCGCGGCUCUGCGCCGUAGGCCUCGCGACGACGGGCGAGAGCGACGGCGCCGCUCGCGGGCGCGCAGAAAAAUGGGCGGCCGCGCGUGUCGGGGGCUGGGCACACGCAACGCCGCGCGCCGAGGCCGGCGGCCUGCUGCUCCGCAGCUCAUUCGAGACACAGCUCCUGCGCGACGACCUGCCCUGGGCAGCGCUGGUCGGCGCGCACGGCCGGCGCCAGCGGACGCGGCGCGAGAUGGCUGCGGCGCGCGAGUUCUGCGUGCCGGCGAGGGAGGUGGCCCGAAUUUGCGGCGAGCCCCCCGCAUGCCUGAACAAACGCCGCUACCGCGACGCGCAGCGCUAUUUGCGGCACCGGUUGCGCCGCGUCGUCGCCGUCGGGUCCGCGGACCCGCGCAGACUCGAGCGCGAGGACGUCGCCUUCCUCGACGCGCACCGCCGCUGUCUGGACGCGAGGCACGAAGUCGUCUUGCUUCUGACCCACGACGACGCGCGGGGCAGCUCCGGCGUGGCGCUCGGUCGCGGCGUCGACGCGCGCCUCGAGGGCAGCCGCGAGCUCAGCGCGUCACUCUGCGCCGCGCUCGCGAAGAACGGCGACGAGGUGGGGCUCGAGUCUUUCGACCGCGCGUUCGGAAAUCGCGUGGCCGUCUUCGCGGGCCGGCGCGGCGACGCAGCUCGCGCGGGUACCGGCGGCGCCGUCGUGGUCCACGGCGUCGCCGGCCUCCCCGGCGCCCGCGAGCUCGCGCCGGGCUGCGGCGUAUUUGUUGGCGGUGCAGCGGCGGCGGCGAAGUUGGUCGCGAGCGGCGAGGCCGAGGCCGACGACUUCGCCUUCUUCGUCGGCCGCUACGAGUGGGCGCCCGGCGAACUGUCCCGCCACGUCGCCGCCGGCGUGCACGACUCCGUCGCCUGCGCGGACACCGUCACGCUCGCCGCCGCGAGGCAUGCCGAUCGCGCGCAGACGCUCUGGCACGAGCUCAUGUUCGCGCUCGGCGGGCGCCACCGCGACGUCUGCGUCGCCGAGCUCGACCGGCCGGCGGUGUCGAGCCGCUGACUCCAUCGACAACUCCAUCGACUGAACAUCGAUCGAACAUCGACCCUAUCUUAUCCCAUCGAACUAUCGGACCAACGUGCCCACGUGUCGCCUCGACGUUGUGCUCAUUGUAUCAUCCAGAUAACGUGUGUAAAUAUCCCUAAUCGUCU